AUGGCUUUUCUCUUGAACCGAAAUAUUGUUGACGGGCCUCUAAUGAUUAACGAGGUUAUUGCUUGGAUGAAGAGAACUAAGCGCAAGGGUAUGCUUUUAAAGGUCGACAUUGAGAAGGCCUACGACUCGUUGAGUUUGGAUUUUCUUUUGUCAAUCUUAGAGCAAAUGGGGUUUCCUUUAAAGUGGAGAAAGUGGAAUUUUGCUAUUAUCUCAAUGGCUCGCUCAUUGGUUCUCCUUAAUGGCUCUCUGACUAGCGAGUGUGGGCACCCGAGGGUUAGAUUUUCCGAGGUGGAGGCUAUGGCGGGGGCUUUUGGUUGCAAAGCGGGGAAACUACCCUUCAUUCAUCUCGGUUUACCGGUUGGGGGUAAUACGAAUUUGAUAAGGAGUUGGGAACCGGUAGUAGAAAAGAUUCGAAACCGGUUGUCUAUUUGGAAAGCGAGACAACUGUCGGUCGGUGAUAGGAUUACCCUUUUAAAAUCGAUUCUCAACGCACUUCCGACGGAUUAUUUUUCUUUAUUCCGGACUCCCGUUCGAGUUAUAAAAACGCUAGAACGGCUUAGACGGUCUUUCUUUUCGGGUGGAAGUGAGGAUGUCGAUAAAAUGAGUUGGAUGACUUGGUCUAACAUUUCGAUUCCAGUAGAUAAAGGUAGGAUGGGGUUUGGGUCGCUUAGAGACACGAAUAUCGCUUUGCUAUCAAAAUGGUGGUGGAGAUUUAAGACGGAACAAUGA